AUGUGUCCGGUGUCCGCGACCCUCCGUGGCCGGGCGAGGCCGGGGGGCCAUUCGGGGGACGCCACCACCGCCCCCGGGAACCGGACAGGCGCGUGCCCCCGCCUGCAGCCGCCCCCGAGGGGCACCCUCCAGGUGCUCCGCGGCGACGGGGCCUCCGUGGGGACUGUCGUGGUGUUCCACUGCCCCUCAGGACACCAGAUGGUGGGCUCCGGCCUCCUCACCUGCGCCUGGAAGGGGAGCGUCGCCGAGUGGUCUUCAGGGACCCCUGUGUGCACAGCUGUGACGCCCCCCGAGACCUUCGGCUUCCGGGUGGCCGUGAUCGCCUCCAUCGUCAGCUGCGCCGUCAUCCUGCUCACAUCCAUGGCCUUCCUCACCUGCUGCCUCCUGAAGUGCGUGAAGAGGACCGAGCAGAGGCGCUGCCACAGGGCGGCCCCGCUGUGGCUCCAGCUGCGCGGCGAGGACUUGGAGACGCUGCAGGCCGCCUACCUGGGCCUCCCGGGUGGGAAGAGCAGUGCGGGGCCCGGAGGCCAGCCUGGCCAGGAGCGGGGCCACCCCAGCCUCACCACAGACCCCGGUGAGCGCACCAGGGCGUCGGCUGCCGUGGCCUGCUGCGUGGACAAGGACGCCUGGGCCGCCCGCAGUGCCGCCUGCUCACUCCGGGCCCCGGGGACAGGGCACAGCGAGCCCCGGGCAGGCCCUGCCCGCCCCCAGGCCCCCCGCGGCAGUGCCCGGGCAGCCCCGGCCCCCGCCGCCCUCCAGGCCCGGGCUGCCCGGCCCCCCCAUCCGCUGGCCACCCGUGUUCCCACGUGUGUCCCGCUCGAGGCAGGCCAGUGA